AUGGAUCAUUUCUAUCGGUUCGGCUUCAAAAUUGAAGGUCUUCCUGAUGUGGAAGAGUCAGCCCAUCGGUUAUCAGAACCUGAAGAGGAUACAAAACAGAUAGUCCGAGAAGUUAGCUCACUUUGGCGUAAGAAUGCCUCCAGCGCUGCUGAACAGGCGCUCCGAAGAGAGGUACCACUGGUCAUCUUAACUUCGUUCGUUCGUUUGGUCACCUCUCUUUGUUGCUGGUCAUCUCCCAUCAUCGUCACUGAGCAUUCUGUCAAGGUCUGGACAGGCAGAUAUGCUUUCCGUGUGGGGCAAUUCUGGAGACGCGACCUGAUUUGGGCUCGCGUAACAGACGCGAGCAAGAGACGAGAGAAACUCCAGAAAGCAUUCAAGGAAUUCUGUGAUCAUCGUGCAGAAAGGUUCUGGGCUGAACAUAACCUGCAAGUCAGCUCUGAAAUUACGGCCAAGCAAGCUGAAGUAAUAUCGCAGAGAGUUGGGAUAAAGCAAUCUGAGAUCGCGUACGAUCGGUAUUUUUCAAGUGCCAACGCAAAGAAACCGUCAUCAGGACCAGUGCAGGCCUUACCCAUGUAUUCCGCCGAUGGCACUACCUCUGUGGUGUCCAGCACUUCAGUUCCGGCUGAAAAUUCGGUUUCCUCGAAAAGAUCAGCUGCAGAAGUCGUCCCUGAGGUUGAUGAGAGUAUGGGGGCCCCAAGUCAUGAACCACCUCAUAAAAAAGUCGCGUUCUUGGAAGUCGAGUUUCCUUUGGAAAGUGAAAGCGAUUACGUCGAUUCCAAUCCGUCUUCGGCCAGAUCAUCCCUGAACUCCAUUGACUUCCGCUUUAUCGAUCAUUUGGUCGGACCAGGCACGUCGUCUUCGCGACUGACCACAAAGGCUCGCCUCAUAAUCGACCAAGUUGAUGUUUCUGAGUUAUUGCUGAACGCACGAAGAUCAGUGGUCAAAAAGCAAUACGAGAUAACGGAUGUUUCGGAUUUGUUAGAACUGAAGUUGCUUUUCGACUGCUCUGUAUUUGCGGCGUCACAUACAUUCCAAGUCGGUGAUUUGGAUGUGUUAGAUCACUGGAGUCAAGACCCACUGCCGACCCCCGCGGGUUUCGAGGAAGCGUAUUACCCCGACUAUUUCGCAGAAUAUGACGGAUUCCCACUUCUGAUUGUUGACAUCAAAAAGUCGGGAGCAAAUGAUGACGAUUUGGAAGAGGACCAGCGGAUACUCCCCUGCAUGCAAAAGCUGAUGAUAGAUCGCAUGCUCGAUGCCGGGGUUAUGGCCCCAAUAGUAGUUGGGUUCUUGAUAAGAUGCUCCCGCUGCGAGAUUUCCCUGAUGUCGUUGGAUCAUGAAGCCCUAUACGUCGUCAAAUCAAUAGGAGCCUUUGAGCUUCCGCGAAACAAUCUCCAACUCGCUCUUCUUUGCCCUGGACUAGGCCCUUUGCAGUUAGCGCAUGAGGUGGUCUUGAGGACCCUCACCGCAAUCAAGGCUCGCGAUAGUAACUGCAGCAUGAGAGCAAAAUGGCGCCGCCCCUCCUAUUACGUCGAGGGCAACCGAAUACCAACUCCUAAAGCCGUGAUUGAUGAAGACGUAGACCCAACGGCAACGAAGGCGCAAUAA